AUGAGCUACAUUAAGAACGACCCAGGACUAAACUACGAUAACAACAACAACAUGGAAAAACAUCCAAUGAGCACCCCGCGCAACAGAGUCAAUGUAAAAAUGACAGACACCAACACCAACGUUAAGCCAGUGAAAACAGUCUUCAAACAUCCAAGGUGUAUUAUUCAUAUAAAUUCAAAGCAUGAUUUGAAUGACUGUAAGGCAUUUAGACUGAAACCCUUAGAAGAGAGACGUCGACUUCUGAAAGAUUCUGGUGUCUGCUUCAAAUGCUGUGCUUCGAAGGACCAUAGGAAACGUGAUUGCACAACUGUCAUUGUGUGCAGAGAUUGCGGAAGCCACAAUCAUUGCAGAGCUCUGCACAUUAAUACGACGACUGAUUGGCCUAAAGGGAGAAAUAAUGGCGUGGAGGGACCCAUUAAACCACCGAAUGUUGACAAUACAUGCACUGAAAUUUGUGGAAGGAAUGUCGAUGGAAAAUCCUGUGCAAAGAUCUUACCAGUUUAUGUGACAAACAAAAACAUCCCUCAGACACAAAUAAAGGCAUACGUCAUUCUGGAUGAGCAAAGCAAUAAAACAUUAGCAAGAUCUGAACUGUUUGAUUCCUUUGGAGUGAACAGUGUCUUGAUGGAAUACAUUCUGAGGAGCUGCUCUGGAAAAUCACAAAUGUUUGGGAGAAAAUCUGGUGGAUUCAUCAUACAAUCAGUCGACAUGUCAGCCAAGAUUGUUUUGCCUGAAAUUAUUGAGUGCAGAGACAUCCCAAACAAUAGAAAUGAGAUCCCGACUCCAGAAGCGAUGAGACACUAUUCACAUUUAUGCGACAUAGCGAACAAACUUGAACCCAUAGAUGCAGAUGCCGAUAUCCUCCUUCUGAUAGGAAGAGAUGCAAUUGAGGUACAUCAUGUACUGGAGCAAGUUGUCGGACAUUUGCCCCAGAGGCUCAAGCUGGGAUGGGUAGUCAUGGGAGAAAUGUGUUUGGGCAGAAACCACAAACCGGAUAGCAUAAGUGUCUGCAAGACUUAUCAGACAUCCCAAGGAGGACCGACUGUUCUACCCCCUUGUCCUAACAAGUUUGAUGUGCUCGAACCAGCUAAUUGCAUUUCUUACCCAAAGUCUCAGGACAUGAUCAAUACUAAGCUGGCAUCAGAUGUCUUCAUGCAGACUGAUCUAGAUGACACUAUGGGACCCUCGAUCGAAGACAGAAAGUUCUUAAGUUUGAUGAACAAAGAACUUUACAAUGAUGAAGCUGGACACUGGUAUGCACCACUUCCCUUUUGUGUUCCUCGCAAGAAACUACCAAACAACCGUGCGAUGGCUGUUCAACGAUCCAGGUCUCUGGAACGAAGUCUAAGACAGGAUCCAGUGAAACGAGAACAUUUCUUUGAAUUUAUGAAUGAACUCUUUGAAAGCAACCAUGCUGAAGUUGCAUCUGCACUACAUUCCGGGGAAGAAUGCUGGUACCUUCCGGUGUUUGGGGUCUACUACCCCAAGAAGCCUGGACAGAUACGAUGUGUGUUUGACUCCUCAGCAAUCUUCGAAAGCGUCUCAUUAAACGGUGUGCUAUUGUCGGGACCCGAUCUCACGAAUAGCCUGAUAGGAGUUCUCAUGCGUUUUCGAAUUGAGCAGAUUGGAAUUAUGGCUGAUAAACAGAAAAUGUUCUAUUCGUUUACUGUAAGAGAAGAUCAUCGAAGCUAUCUGAGAUUUCUAUGGUACAAAGAUAAAGACUUCAACAAGGACAUAAUUGAAUACAGAAUGCGGGUGCACGUAUUUGGAAAUAAACCAUCACCCGCCAUUGCAAGCUAUGCUCUUCAGAAGACAGCGGAUAUCGCAUCUGAAACAUCUGGAAAAGACAUCAAGAAGUUUGUACAAAGAAACUUCUAUGUUGAUGAUGCUCUGACUUCGGUUUCGUCUGCAGAAGAAGAUAUCGACCUUCUCACAAGAACCAAGGAUGCUCUGAUGACUUUAGGAAAGAUCCGUCUCCACAGGUUUGCAUCCAAUAGUGGAGAAGUAAUGGCUAACUUACCUCUGCAAGACCUCUCCAGGGAGCGCAAGAAUGAAACCCCUUUCAUCCGACGUGGUGUACUGUCCUCCGUAAGCAGUCUCUUUGAUCCCUUUGGACUCAUAGCCCCUGUGACCAUACAAGGCAAGCUUAUUCUUCGUGACCUGAUUUCAGGAACAGUGGAUUGGGACGAACCCCUCUCUGAAAAUCAUAGAGUGCAGUGGGAGCAGUGGAAAAAUUCUCUGAAGGCAUGCGAGAACGUAUUUAUCCCAAGAGCCUACACACCCGUCUCCUUACGAAAUGUGGUAAGAGUAGAAAUUCAUACCUUUUGCGACGCUUCUGAGAGAGCUAUAGCUGCAGUUUCCUACUUAAGAUCAGUCUAUCAAGAUGAAACUUCCCACACCAGACUCUUGAUGGGAAAAGCCAAGGAUGCACCGAAGCAUGGAACAACUAUACCCAGACUUGAGCUGUGUGCCGCAGUCUUGGCAGUUGAGGUCUCAAACAUUGUCAGAAGAAAUAUGGACAUCAACAUUGAUGUUGUAAAGUUUUACACGGACAGGAAGAUUGUUCUGGGCUAUUUACACAACGAGACCAGGCGAUUCUAUGUUUAUGUAGCGAACAGGGUACAGCAUAUCAGACAGUUGACGUAUCCUGAUCAAUGGCAGUACGUACCCACACAGAAAAACCCAGCAGAUCUGGCUACUAGAUCUGUACCUGCUGACAAAAUGAGUAACAGCAUAUGUCUCAAGGGACCGAAGGAAUUUUUGGAUGGUCGUCAUGAUGAAGGUUUGCUGGAACUUUCUAAGGACUCUUACUCUCUAGUGAGCCCUUGUGAAGACAAGGAAGUACGUCCCAUUGAGAAAGUUGAUACAUGCUUGACCAAAAUUUUAUCAGAUCCUGGCAUUGAACUCAGAUCACACCGAUUUGAGCGGUUCUCGAACUGGAGAAAACUUGUAGGAGCAUGUAAUUAG